CGUCAGUCAGCCAGCAAACCCAACCAGCCCGUCAGUUGGGCAGCUCGCCGCAGUCCUGGAUGAGCACUGGCUCGGCGAGAGCGGCCAUAUCCUCACAGUCUGUCAUGUCACUGAGGGUUGGCCGCACGUCGCGGUUGCGCUUGGGGGUGCUGGGGGUGCUGUUGCUGGCCGUGAGGGAGAUGGCGUGCAGAAAGCUGAGGGCCGGGAGGUCGUCGAUGACACCCACGACCGUGUCCCACAUGGUGCACCGGUUGUUCGACGAAAGUGUUAUCGUGAAGCGGCUGCCUGCAAUGCACUCACGCCACGCACACAUAAAUAACGAGCAUACAGAGAGAGUGUGAGAUGUCAGCUGCGCCCAGGGCAAUGCCAUCCUACCAUGCACUUUGUGUUUCUGGUUGCCCUUCUUGUCGGUCGCCACUUCCCCAAGACUGGCCACCAUGCCAGGCCGCCGGGGUGCGAUGAGGGACGUGUGGUGGUCCCAUCUCGUGUGGUGCAUGCCAUAGAUGCUCUCGGUGCAGACACUGUACCUGCGGUCGAGAAAGCCCCCAAACAGCUCGGACCCUUCAUAGGCAUACGGAAUGACCGUGCCUGAACAAAAGCCAUCCAUCCAUCCAUCCAUUCCUGCUUGUGUGUCUACGGCGCCUCUUACUGACUGACUGACUAACUGACCGACCCACCUUUGUAGUGCAGCGGGUAUCCUGAGGUGCCCUUGCCCUUCUCGCCCGUGCAGAAGCACCUGACACACGAACGAUCGCAGCCAGCAAUGCAAUCGUUGUUGCAUUCGAUUCAUCCUUGUUGCCACAUGUAUGUAUGCAUCCACCUGAAGUUCUCGGCCGCCUUGGGGUUGACGUCGGUGAAGAGGGUGAUGACCACACGCCGCACCGGGGCUGACGCACGACCACUCUGGAGAUCAAGGAACACCUUCGGGCGCUGAAAACAACACAUGCGCUCUGCAGACACACGUGUGUCGGGCUGUGCGUAUGGUGUUCUCUUGCCUUUGGUGGUGUCGGGCUGUUGUCGACCGUUUCGGCGCACAGGAAGCCCUCCGUCAUGUGCUCGUGGAAGGUGGCGCACUCUGCCUUCACCUGAUAGAAAGAUAGAUAGAUAGAUAUGACGGAACAAACAAAAUACACAUUCUGGGAGGUCGCUCUUUCUGGUGGUCUGUUUCCGCCUUACCUGUUUGUCUGGGCUCUGUUUGACUUUGAAGCAAAUGGUCCUCCAGAGGUCUGUGGUCUCCUGACAUCACACACAGACACAGGGAGAGAUGAAAGGCCACUUGUGUGUGUGCACCGGACCUUGAGCAGCUUGGCCCAGUGAGUGUAGUCGACCUGCAGGGUCAAAUACGAGUCGAGCUGGUGCAGCAGGUCCAGCAGAUCGUCAGUGGCCUGGAGUGACACCACAGACAUCACACCGUGCGAGUGCAUCCAUCCCUGUCCCCAAGCGCACAUGGAUGGCGAGCGCGCUCUUGAUGGAUCUCUCGAAGUCCCUCAGCCGCUUGACAGUCUCGGUGAGGUCGUUGGCCUGCCGCCUCUCUUCAGCCAGCCGAUCGAGCACCGCCUCCUCCUUCUCCCUGGCAGUCUCUGGAUCGUCGACGGACGGCAGCCGCGCAUCAGCUGACGGGGCAGAGGCCAACAGAUGCCCUUGUUGUGUGCAUGUGUGUGUGUAUGGUGUAGGCACCCGGUGGACGGCCGGUGAGGGUGUUGAGGAGCUGGUCGAUGGGCUUGGGCUCGGCCGUCCUGAAGCUGUCGACGAUCCGAAUGAACUCAGCCACGGCGUCCCUCUCCAGUCGGCCCAGCUGCUGCUUCACCAGCACACCCUUGUCGAUGGCCUUGCCCUUGGUCUGCACAACACAUGUGACCCAUCAGCACUGCCCUUGCCGUGCUCCUCUACUUGAUGCAUGGCUGACCUUGAGUUUGGCCAUGUCCUGGUCGGCCUUCGCGUCAAGAGCCGUCGCGAGGACUGAUGGUUUGCCUCUCAGAGCCUGCCGCACCCACUCACCAACCCACCUCUCGUCCACCGAGGGCACCAGCUGGCCGCCCGUCGCGUGACGCACAAACCGGGGCCACCGCAUGGGAAGCAGUCGCGCAUCGACGGGAGUCGACCAGUCCAGAAGGUGGUCUCGCACGGCUAGCGGCAUCCCGCUGAAUGUCUUGGUCACAACGGUUGCGAGGGCGUAGACGAGGGUAAUCACGGCCGGUGGAAUGACGAAGACGCCUUCAUCCAUCAAGUAGAUUUGCGGGCUUGUCGCUCCCAAGGCCCAAUGCACGACAAAGCGCACAGUGGAGAUGCCCUCCCGCUGCAGGUCGCGGAUGGCGGCACUGGCGAAGGACAAGAGGCCGCGCGUCACAUCCUCGGUGGACGGGGGGGACGACAUAGCCAAGGGCAGGAACCGAAGGGCCGGACACUCCGAAGCGCCAGAUUCACCACCAAACGUCGCAUCGACCACACAGACAUCAGCGCCAAAACCGCAGAAUAAAGAGGCCGUGUGUGUGUCAAGAUGCAGAUCCACUUCGCCUGGCUGAGGUCCACCGACCUCGCCAGUCGUAGCCACAGCAGAUGGUGCCUCUUUGGUGGCCGCCAUGCCAGCGAGGCACUUCUCGAUGGCUGCCUUCUCGCGCUCCAGCUGACAUGUGUGGAAGUCGGCCAUGUCGAGGAAGCCGCUGAAGAGCCGCGCGACGUUCGUGUUUGCAAAAGCCGGCCUCACAAUGGCGCGGAAGAGCUCACAGGGCUCCUUGUGACUCUCUUCAUCCUCGCACAGACACUGCGUCGUGCAGUAAAGGAUCUCGCCGCAGACUUGGCAUGCGACUCGCCGGCCGACAGAGCCGCACUUGAGGCACUUGAGAGCAGCGUGGGGAUGAGUCAUUGACGCGUCUGACAUCGGUGGGACGGCGGCGUCACGACAGAUGAAGAGAUGUGGUGCUCAUAGAGGGUAAAAAGGCGUGGAUCUGCAACGAGUGUAGACUCCUCAAGC